UAUCAUUGCUCCUUCCCCAAUGCCUUUAUAAAUUCCUUCAAUUCCCACUCCAAGUUGCCAUCAAAAGUUCCCACCUUCAAUUUGAAGAAACACAAAAUGAUGAACUUUUCCUUGUUUGGUAGAAAGCUACAACAUCUUUGUAGUAGCCCUUAUUUUCAUCUCAACUUCAGCUCAUUUUUCAUUCAACUUUGUUAUUUCAUGAUCCUUUCUCUUUUUGGUUACUUGGGUCUCAAGAUAUCAAAGACAAGAACUCAUAUUAAGCCCAAUGAUUUUGACCUUUUUUAUACUUCUGUUUCUACCUCUACUGUGUCUAGCAUGACGGCGGUAGAAAUGGAAGUUUUCUCUAACUCUCAACUCAUUCUCAUGACCUUUCUUAUGUUUGUUGGUGGUGAGGUUUUCACUUCCUUAUUAGAACUUAUUUUUGCUAGGUUCAGUAAUAAUAACAAUUAUAAUAAUUCAUCCACUUCUAUGAAAAAUAGUCUUCCAAUAAAAGUGGUCAAUGAUCAAAUUGAGCUUGGCUUAGUUUCUAUUCCUAAUCAUCACUCAUCACAAGACCAUAAACAAGUCAAUGAUGUCAAUGGUAUCAAUAAUAAUAAUAACAAUGUUCCAAGUGGCACAACAAUAGUCUCCUAUAAUAACAAUAAAGAUAUGCUACUUAGGUCUAACUCCCUUAAGUAUUUGAGUCAUGUAGUUUUAGGUUACUUUUUGUUGCUUCAAUUUGUUGGAACUUUCUUGGUUUCUAUGUACAUGAGCUUCAUUCCUAGUGCAAAGCAAGUACUUAGAGAAAAAGGUAUCAAAACCCUAACAUUUUCUUUAUUCACCAUAGUUUCAACUUUUGCAAGUUGUGGCUAUGUCCCCACAAAUGAAAAUAUGAUAGUUUUCAAGAAGAAUUCUGGCCUUCUUCUUAUUAUUCUCCCAUAUAUCCUUCUUGGUAACACCUUAUAUGCACCAUGCUUGAGGUUUGUGAUUUGGGUUCUUGAGAAAAUUACCAAAAGAGAGGAAUUUUCAUACUUGCUUAAGAAUUCAAAGGAAAUAGGUUUUGGUCAUUUGCUACCUCCCCUUCAUUCUUGGCUACUUGUUGCUACCGUUUUAGGGUUCAAUAUAAUUCAAUUUGUGAUUUUUUGUUCCAUGGAGUGGGGAACACAAAUCAUGGAUGGUUUGAAUCCUUAUCAGAAAUUUGUAGCGUCUUUGUUUCAAAUCACAAAUGCUAGACAUUCUGGUGAAUCCGUUUUUGAUCUCUCUACCAUCUCUUCAGCCAUAUUGGUUCUCUUCGUUGUCAUGAUGUACCUUCCACCAUACACAACAUUCUUGCCCAUAAUGGACCACGAGACCGAAAAUGAUGCCAAGAAAGACAAAAGAAGGCUAGUGGAGUGCCUUGUGUUGUCUCAACUUUCAUAUUUGGUUAUUUUUAUUAUUUUGAUUUGCAUCACUGAGAACAAAAGCCUGAGAGAGGAUCCUCUCAACUUUAAUGUUUUGAAUAUCACCAUAGAAGUCAUCAGUGCAUAUGGAAACGUAGGUUUCUCAAUGGGAUAUAGCUGCGGAAGGCAAUUGAAAGCGAAUGGUAGUUGCAAAGAUUUAUGGGUUGGAUUUUCUGGGAAAUGGAGCAACAAAGGCAAGUUCAUCCUUAUUCUUGUCAUGUUCUUCGGAAGGCUCAAGAAAUUCAAUAUGAAAGGUGGCAAAGCUUGGGACCUAUCCUAGCUAAUAAUUCCUAUAUAUCAGGAUUCUAAAAAUCAAAUGGAUUAUUAAACCAACAGAGUUAGAAGUUCAAAAGUUAAUAUUUCAAUCGAGAUUCAUGUAGGAUUGAAUUAGAUAUAAUAAAAUAUAUAGCUUUUAGGAGAGAAAAAGUAAUUUUUUAUAUUUUAUUAUUUUUAAUCAGUUAAUUGCUAAAAAAUCGUACCGAUUUGACUAGUUAACUGGUUCUUCAACUGAAUUUUUUUUUAUUUUUUGACUGAUUCAUUAUCAACCAAUUUUUUUAUCUAAAACGAACUGAUCUAGUAAAUAAUUCUCGAUUAACCCAUCUAAAUCGAUCGGUUUGGUCCGAUUCUUAUAACCAUGAUGUAUUUAUAAUCCAAUGUUAAUAAUUAUUAAAAAAAAAGUAAAAAAAGAAAUAGCAAACAAGGCGGAACCUUUGAUGUAUAUUAAGGUCUGCAUAUAUGCUUUGAUACAAUUGUCAAGUUAUUAAGGCAACCUCUAAUGGAGCAUAUAAAAUAAAAUACCUCCCCAUCAAGACAUGCCAAAAAAUGAGUAAUAAGCAAA